AUGGACUGCCCAAGAUGUAUCAAUCCUUUUGGCGAAACUCACAAAACGCCUCGCAUCCUUCCUAAAUGUGGCCAUUCAUAUUGCUCUGAUUGCAUUACAGAGCUAUGGUGUGAUUCCAAAGUGACCUGCCCAUUAUGUGGAAAAUUGAAUAAUUCUGAUUCUCCAGAAGAUUUUCCAAUAAACCAAGCUUUGCUUCAAAUAGCAAUUUCAAGCUCACAGCUCUGCUCAGACCACAGUCGACCAUUUGAAGCCUUCUGCAAAGACGAUCGAAAGCUUAUGUGUGUGCGCUGUCUUCUCGAACCCCAUCACAGAGUUCAUGAAGUCGCCAGCAUUUUAGAAGAAGCUCAAAACGAGCGAGAGCGCCUAUUAAAAAUCUCUGAAACAGUAAGAAGCAUUGAAGAAAAUAUAUCGAAAAAUGAAAAAGAGCUCAAGGACACUGAAUUUCUACUUAAUUCAGAGUGCGAAAGACUGUUAAAAGACUACAAAGAUUUGUAUGAUAUGGUAAGAGGAGAAAUUAAUAAAAGGGAGACUGAGACUAUAACACAAAUAAAAAAUAUUUUGAAUAAAGAACAAGGAUUAAUUGAAGAAAAACAGUUUGAGUAUAAAAAACAAAUAUAUUUAUUGCAAACUUUAAAGCAGGAAAUAGAAAAAGUGCAGGCUGAAAAGGAUUUAGAAGUGCUUUCUAAGGUGACAGAAAGAGAAGCUGUCAUUAAAAGUGCCUGCUGUGAGAUAAAUCCUAUUACAAAAAAUAAGCCUUAUUCUGAGUAUUCAAAAGACAAUGAAAAACAAAUUUUAGGGAAAAUUAUAUGUGGCGUUUUGGAGUUUUCUGAAAAAGAAACAAAUUAUCAAACGAUAAUUAAACCCAAAAGCGAAGUUACUGAUAAUGACUCAACAAUAACCAAAACUGCACAAAUAAUAAAAUCAUAUGUAUAUCCUUUCAACACUGAACAGAAGUUUAAAUCCAAAGCCCAAGCUCAGACAAUGAGAAUUACUACACAAUCAAGAUUUAUCAGAGAUAAAUCUCCUGUCACUAUAAGAAGCUCUAUGGACACUAAAACUGGGUGAAAUACAAGAAGGGACCUUAACAGGAUUUCUUUGGAUUUUUCCCCAGAAAAUAUCCCAAUCGAGCCAUUUUCAGCCAAAAAUCUUUUUGAAGACGAUUUAUCCUCAGUCCACUCCUUAGAUUUAGCCUCAUUUUGUAAGGUACCUAAAUCAAUAAUCUACAACAUUGGCGGGUUUUCUGAGUCCACAGCUUCAAAAGUCGAAAUGUUUGACGCAGCCAAUGAUAUAUGAAAAGAAAUAGGAGACUACCACUCAGCGCGCACUCAAUUUGCAGCAGUUCAGUAUCAAAACAGAAUUAUCGCCCUUGGCGGCAAAAUUGUAAUUUUUAUACAGAAAAGUAAGCCAGUUGACACAUGUGAAGAAUUUGACAGGGCAGAAGUUUUUUGGAGGACAAGUGAUAUUUUUUUGACUGGAGCCAGAAGUGGCUUUGGGGCAACAGUGAUUUCAAGUAAAACAUAUUUAGACGACCUUUACGUUAUUGGUGGAAGCGAUGGAGUUCCUAUAAAAACAGCUGAAAUGUUUAGUGGGGACCGAUGAAUAACAGUAAAUUCUUUGAAAUUAAGGAGAGAUGAGCUUUCUGUGUCACUAGGACCUGAUAAUAACAUAUAUGCGAUAGGCGGAUAUGGAGGCCCAGAUAUGACUUCACAGUCCUCUGCUGAAAGAUUUAGCAUAAAAGAAGGAAUUUGAAGCUUUUUGCCACAUAUGAAAGAAGCGAGAAGAGCACUGGCGUCAGUGACCUUGCCAGAUGGGGUCUAUGUGUUUGGAGGAUUUGAUGGAUUGAGGUACUUGAAUACAAUGGAAAAAUUUGAUAUAAGGGCUGGAAAAUGGAUGCAGCUAGCUCCUAUGAACACAGCACGAUGCAGCUUGAGUGGAGUUGCUUGUAGUGAUUGUCAAUAUAUUUAUGCAAUAGGAGGGUUUAAUGGUGUUGGUGUCAGGUCUGUAGAAAGAUAUUCUGUUGUGGAAAACAGCUGACAAGAAAUGUCUUUGUUAUGCUACCCAAGAUUUUCUCAUUGCUCUUUAAUGUUUAAUGAGUAA